GCUAAGCCACUUACACCCGAAGAGGCAGAAGCUAAGCCACUUACACCCGAAGAGGUAGAAGCUAAGCCACUUACACCCGAAGAGGCAGAAGCUAAGCCACUUACACCCGAAGAGGUAAAAUCUACGGCACUUGUACUUGAAGAAAUAAAAGCUAAGCCACUAACAUCUGUAGUGACAAUAGUUGAGCCAAUGACACCAGGAACAGAAGCAGAGGUUAAGCCGAUCUCGCCAGAAACAGAAGCAGAGGUUAAGCCGAUCUCGCCAGAAACAGAAGCAGAGGUUAAGCCGAUCUCGCCAGAAACAGAAGCAGAGGUUAAGCCGAUCUCGCUAAGUAUAGAAACUAAGCCACUCACAGAAGAUAAGCACAUUGUUUCUGAAACUAAGCCCAUCGAGCCCAGUGAAGAAAAAGCCAAGCCAUCCAUCCCCGACCUGAAAACGGGACCCAAGCCAGCACAGAUCGAUUCGACCCCAACCAUUCCCGGAGUCAAAACUCAAGCCAAGGUCUCCAGCCCCCAAGCCAAGCCAGCAUUUCGUCCAGUCAUCCGGCUUAUUGACCUCGGGAGCGCGCGUCGUGUGUCUCCUCCGUCGGCCAGUAGUCGAUGGGGCCUUCCUUCAGGGCCGAGGGUGGUAUCCCAGAAGGACCCCCCUGUGCUUGCAGGAUCUCCCGAGUUUUUGGCUCCUGAACUGGUCCGGAGGCUGAGUGUGGGUGUUCCUGCUGACUACUGGAGCCUGGGCGUGCUGAUCUACGUCCUGGUCAGCGGUCGAUCUCCCUUCCUCGGCGUCUCUCCUGAGGCGACCUGCAGAAACAUCCUGUCAGGAGAAGUGCGGUUUCCCGUCGAGCACUUCGCCUCAGUCACAGACGAGGCUUGCGAACUCACCCGCGAUCUCCUGGUCCAUGACCCUGCGGAGCGCCCUGACCUCGAUCGGGUUCUGGCUCACCCCUGGUUCAAUAUGAAAGAGUGCGAGAGCGUCCUGCCCAUCCAGAGCCUGGCGGAUUUCUGCUUCAGGAGGUCGAAAGUUGCUACGUCGAUUCAAGAAGUCACUCCUCACUCCCCACACUUCAGCACUUCCACUUAGUUAUUAACAACUGAUAAUCAACGAUCAAUAAUUAUUAAUUAACGCCACAGUCAGUUUCUACAGUGAUGUUGCAGUGGGGAUAGCGGUGUUCUGAGGGUUAAAUCUCUGUAAACAAAAUAACGAGUAUACAUAACGUUAUAGAGGUAUGCCGUAGGAAAAUACCAAAACAACAAGGAAUCACGAGAAAGAUUCAUACAUUUGUAUACGUGGUUAUCUUGACAAAGGGAUACGAGUAUCUGUAACUAAUAUAUAAAAUAUAUAUCAAGUAAAACACGUUUUAUGAAAUAGUAUGGACUGAAUACAAAUAAUAUUUUUCAACUGUGACAACAGGAUAUAAUGAAGCUAAAUUUCAGAACGCAAGUCUUAAAUAUGUUCUCUCCCUUUCCUCAAAUAAAUAAACUAUAAACAUCACUGUAUAAAGCAAACAUGAUAAAUCAAAGGAACUUAGGAAAUGUGUUGUAGAUUAGCACUAUGUUAACAAGUUUAGGAUUAAUGUUAUAUUUCAUAUUUAUGCAAUCUUACUGCCACAACUACUUCUACUAUGUGAAUGGUCUCAAAA